CCCUCUCCAACAAAAGAAAAAUAAACACAUAUAUAUCCAAAAAUAAAUAAAAAGACAUCACCACUUGAAUGUUUUUUGUCUUAACACGGGAAAACGCAUAAAUGUCGAGUAAAAUAGCGGCGGAGGUAGCUGCGGCUGCGGUGGUGGUGGUGAGAGAAUACGAUGAAGAAACCGACAAGCGUGACGUGGAGGAGAUGGAACGUGAAUGUGAUGAGACCGGACCGCCUGGCAAACCGUUAAUGGUCUCUGAUUUAUUAGGAGAUCCGGUUCGUCGCGUCCGUCACUUUCCCUGCCAUACUAUGCUGGUUGCAGAGUAUGGAGAAGGAAGGAAGAUGGUGGGAGUUGUGAGAGGAUGCGUUAAAACCGUGACUAGAGGAAACUCAAUCUAUGUCAAACUCGCUUAUGUUCUUGGUCUUAGAGUUUCACCUUCCCAUCGGAACUUAGGCAUAGGAACAAAACUGGUGCAAACACUUGAAGAAUGGUUUAAACAACAAGGCGCAACUUACUCGUACAUGGCCACUGAUUGUACCAACGAGUCUUCCAUUAACUUGUUCACCAAGAAAUGUGCCUACAUCAAGUUCCGUACACCGACAAUGCUGGUUCAACCGGUUCACGCCCAUUCCAAACCAAUUUGUUCAGAUAUCACAAUCCUCCGGUUAACCACCAAAACCGCUGAAUCAAUCUACACCGGGGUUUUCAAAGACUCAGAGUUCUUUCCUAGUGACAUCGACGCAAUAUUAACCAGCCGCAACAGCUUAGGAACGUUUAUAGCGUUCCCAAAAGAAGAACACGGUCACAAAUCUAACCGCUUAGACCGCGAUUUCCCAACGGAUUAUGCGAUAUUAAGUGUAUGGAGCACCAAAGAUGUAUUCAGGCUGCAAAUGAAAGGCGUUUCCCGGUUAACUCACGCGUGCUGCUCCGGUUCGAGAUUACUUGAUUCUUGCAUGCCGUGGAUGAAACUACCCUCGUUUCCUAACGUGUUCGACAAGUUUUGGGUUUAUUUCAUGUACGGAAUGCACAUGGAAGGCAAUGACGGUCCACGCCUCAUGAAAAGUUUAUGCUAUUUUGUUCAUAACAUUGGGAGACACGACGAAGGAUGUGGAGCUGUUGCGACGGAGAUUAGUCCUUUGGACCCGGUGGCUUCGGCUGUUCCUCAUUGGAAACGGCUUUCGUGGGCUCAAGACCUUUGGUGCCUCAAGAAACUCUCUGAUGAACCUGAACUGUCUGAUUGGAGUAGCUCAAAAUCUUCUUCUUCCAACGUGAUUUUUGUUGAUCCUCGUGAUAUCUAAUGAAUACUGGCAAGAGGAUUGUACAUAGAAAUGAUUAAAAAAA